AUGGCGUGGAGGGCCGGCCUGGGCACGGUCUCGGCGGCGCGUGUGCGCGGCCUCGACGUGCGCCUCCCGACGGCCAGGUCGGCCAGGGCACGGGCGGCGCGGCCCGGCCAGGAAGGAGCACGUGGCCCCUUGGUGGGCGCGGCCGGGCGGCGCGGCGGGCCGGCCAGGGCGCGCGGCCCCCCGCGGUUCGUGGCCUCCGCGGCUCGCGCAGCGGCCGAGCUAGGGGCUGUGCGGCUGGGGCCAGAGGCUCGCACGACCGAGUUCGGCCAGGAGGUGUGGCUCGCAACCGGCCUGGUGGGCGCGGCGGCCGUCCCGCACACAUAUUUCCGACGGCGAGCGCUCAGUGCGUUCUCGUCAGCACGUCUUCAGGACGGCGACGGUUUGGUCUGGGUGGUAAACCAUGCCACAGCUGAUGCCCAAGGCAGCGGCCGGGGUGGGGGUGGGGGAACUGGAAAUGCCUAUGGCUCUGGCUAUGGCUCUGGGUCUGGCUAUGCCUCCAGCAGUUCCUAUGAUGCCGGCAAUACAUAUAGUUCUCCAGGCCCAAUCAGUCCUGGCUAUGGCUCUCCGGGCCCAAUCAAUGUCGAUGGCCCUAUCAGCGUUGCUGAUGGGGGUAGCUUCACAUCUGCUAGUGGAGCAGCCACUACUACAGAAUUCAUUUCUAGGGGCGGCUAG